AUGAACCAGAGCGGCUGCAAUAUCACAGCUGACAAAAACUUUCCACUUGUCCAGCUGUGUGUUUACAUCCCAGUGUUGCUGCUGGGUGUUUUGCUGAACGUAUUGGCACUAUGGGUGUUCUGCUGCAAGCUCGGCAAGUGGACAGAAACCAGAGUGUACAUGGUGAACCUGGCUGCAGCUGACUGCUUGCUGCUCUUUACUUUACCUUUUAAAACAUUAUCCCAGUUCCAGCAGAUGAAGGCAGACAGAUGGUGCCUGAUUCUGGAAGGCGGCUAUUUCAUCAAUCGCUUAAUGAGCAUUGGUAUCAUCACUGUUGUAGCAGCCGACCGGUACGUGGCUAUCAAGUAUCCCUUGAAAGCCAAAGCACUGCGGUCACCACUGCAGGCAGCUUUUACAUCUGGAUUUCUUUGGAUAGUCAUCAUCUGCGUGAUUUCCCUCAUUAAAACGGUGGAAAACCGAGAGCAUGAUGAAUUUUGCUUUGAGAAAUCUUCUGUCAAGCCAUCCGUCAUCACGCUGUGUGCUAUUAUUGGAGGGUUCUUCAUACCACUGAUCGUCGUGAUUUACUGCUCCACACAAGUCAUCGCAGAGCUCAUGAGAAAGAAAAACGACAACUGCCACGAGGAAAGGUUAAUCAGGAAGGCUGUCUACAUCGUGACAGCAAACAUGGCUGUGUUUAUCGUAUGCUUUUUGCCUGUUUACGCUGGGCAUCUCCUUCGCUUUCUAAUGGACUCCUUCAGCCUCAGCUGCCCUGCGAUACAGAAGGUUAACAACUUUGUUCACCUUGCCUCGGUCCUCGCCAACACAAACUGCUGCCUGGAUGCUAUUUGUUACUACUUUGUAAACAAGGAAUUUCAGGAAGCGUCUCCCAAACUCGCGAGGUCCAAAUCUGACUCAGGCGAAACAGCUGAAGUUCAGCUCCCAGUAAUAACACAUCAGUGCCAAAUGUAGAGGGCUCUCUUUUUGUCUGAGAGUGAUGAUGGACUUUCUGCUGAUGGGAAAGAUUCAGACAGGAAAAUCAGCCCUCAUUCAGACAACCACAGCAGUCUAGAUGCUCAUGCAACAAUCUAGAUCAUCACUGACAAUUCCCAGCCUUAUCCAAAUCUGAGUAAGAUGGAAUCAUAGAAUCCCCAUAAACCUCAGCAAGUACAAUCAGUGGGGAAAGCUUCUGCUGUCCAUCGCCCUAUCUUGGGCUAGUUUUGAUGUAGCUGCAGCUGUGACAAAUAAACAGGAAUUAUUUGAAAUUUCAAAAAAGGAAAAAAAAUCUCAAAGUGAAACCGUUGCAGAAAAAGUAAGGUGGGCGGGUCAAGUUUACAGCAUUGUUUGCACUGUAUGACAGCGAUAAAAUGGUGAUCAGUAGAAAUACGGGGUCAGAAGGAGCUGCGAUCAUUUGUAUAGGGGAGAAAGCUUCACACUGACUGUAUCUGAGUCAAACUGCAUUAAAAAUACUAUCCAAAGAGCUGGGGUGGGUGGGAAUGACAACUCUGUAAAUGGAGUCAGUUCAACAUUAUAGUGUAAAUAAUUAUCUAAAGAAAGUAGCAACAAAUUCUUCCAAAGUAUCCAAUCUAAAUAAAUUUGCAUUACUGGCAAUGAGCUCUUCCUCUUAAAGAGCUAAAUGGAAACAUUGGAGGAUCCGGUGGUGA